CAUGGCGAUUGUGUGAAUAAAUAGAGUCUAAAAUGUGUAAUUGAUCAUUCUGUUUAAUAGCUACAUUAAAUCUGCUUUUAAUUGAAUAAAGUACAAACAUUAAAUAAUUAGAAUUAAAAGAAUAUACGCAAGAGAUAUAAAAAUGAGGAUCGCUGUAGAAGGUUGUGCACACGGUGAAUUAGAUAUUAUUUACGAAACUAUUCAAGAAAUGGAAAAAACAAGUGGCCAGAAGAUAGAUUUGCUGAUUUGCUGUGGCGAUUUCCAGUCGACGAGAAAUUUAACCGAUUUAAAUUGCAUGGCUGUACCUAAUAAGUAUAAGGAUAUGUGCAGUUUCUAUAAAUAUUACUCCGGUGAGAAGAUCGCUCCUGUGUUAACAAUAUUUAUAGGUGGAAAUCAUGAAGCUUCUAAUUAUCUUCAAGAGUUACCAUACGGAGGAUGGGUAGCACCUAAUAUUUACUAUUUAGGAUAUGCCAGUGUAGUGACAAUAGCUGGUGUCAGAAUAGCAGGCUUAUCAGGCAUUUAUAAAAGUCAGCAUUGGAUGCAAGGACGUUAUGAAAAACCACCUUAUACCGAGAAUACAAUUCGAAGUGUCUAUCAUAUUAGGAAUUUAGAAAUAUUUAGGUUGAAGCAGCUUACUGGUAAUAUCGAUGUUUUCUUAUCACACGAUUGGCCAUCAGGCAUAACUAAAUAUGGAAAUGAAAAUGUUUUAUUGAAAGGAAAACCUUUCUUCAAGAAUGAUAUCGAAAAUAACAUGCUUGGUAGUCCACCAAGUAUGGAACUGUUGGAACAUCAUUAUCCAAGUUAUUGGUUCUCUGCGCACUUACACUGUAAGUUUGCAGCUCUUGUUCCUGAGAAAGAUGGGACAAGAGUAACUAAAUUUUUGGCACUGGAUAAGUGUCUUCCAAAAAGGAAAUUCCUUCAAGUAUUGGAAAUGGAACAUAAUCCAGAUUUACCACUGAAGUUGCAUUACGAUCUAGAAUGGUUAACAAUAUUGUACCUGACGAAUCAUUUGUUAAGCGUUAAGAGUGGAAUACAUUAUAUGCCUGGACAGUAUGGUAACACUAGAUGGGUGUUUACGCCAACUGCAGAGGAAAAAGAAAUGAUACUAAAAAAGUUUAAUUGCAAUUUGGAAAUUCCACUGAAUUUCAAGCAAAAUGUUAAACCGUAUAAUCCUAACAUCGCAGAUGCUCCGUUUGAGCCACCACAAUUAUUGAUAAAUAAUCAAACUACGCAAUUUUGUAAUAUUCUGGGCAUUGAUGACCCAUCCGAAUUACUGUCAUUAAUGAACAGUUCGAGAGAUUCCAAGUCGAACGAAUUAUUAAUGGAUACAUCGUUUGAAGUGUCAAGUUCUCAGGAAAUUUCUGUUGCGUUCGAUGAAGAUAAUGUUUCGAGUUCUACAUUCGACAGAAGUUCAAACGGUGAUUCAUUUGGUCAGACAUUAAAUUUAUCUCUUAGUAAUGAGGAACAGGAAUUAGAAGUGAAUAGCAGCAAAAAUGUUACAGACGAAAGCUUUAUCAGCUUAUCAUCAACGGCAAAUUACGAUUGUACAAAUAAUAGUAAGUGCUAUACAACU